CUGUCAGCUAGGCGAGCUUUAUCAUUCAAGAUGCUUUCCGUGACCACAUUACUAUGCGCUCUGGCCUCUGUGGGAUACGCUGCCCCUGCUGUCUAUCCACGAGCAACUGAUCCGUUUGUGUUCACAAACUCCAAUGGCCUAAAUUUCACACAGAUGAAUGGUAGUCUGCCAAAUGUAACUAUAUUUGCAACUGGUGGGACAAUUGCCGGCUCAGGAAGUAGUGACGUCCAAACAACCGGCUACACAGCCGGUGUAGUGGGCAUCCUGACCCUUCUCGACGCCGUCCCCGCAGUCCUCAACGUCUCAAAUGUCGCCGGCAUCCAAUCAGCCAAUGUACCAAGUGAGGACGUAACUUCCGACCUCCUCAUCACAAUAGCCAAGCAAAUCAAAAAAUACGUCUGCGAUGACCCCACCAUGUCAGGAGCAGUAGUCACUCAUGGAACCGAUGUCCUCGAAGAAACAGCCUUCUUCCUCGACGCAGUAGUAAACUGCGGCAAACCUGUAGUUAUCGUCGGUGCCAUGCGUCCCUCGACUGCCAUCUCAGCCGACGGGCCCUACAAUCUCCUCGAAGCGGUAACCGUAGCCGCCAGCCCUCUUGCGCGGGACCGCGGGGCAAUGGUCGUGAUGAACGACCGCAUCGUCUCGGCGUACUACGUUACUAAACUGAAUGCGAAUACCAUGGACACAUUCAAGGCUCCGGAGAUGGGAAAUCUCGGCACGCUCGUCUCAGACGUCCCGUAUUUCUUCUACCCUGCCGUAAAACCGACCGGCAAGAACGAAAUCGACAUCUCGAACGUCACGUCGAUCCCACGCGUAGACAUCCUCUUCGCAUACGAAGACAUGAAAAACGACACCCUCUACAACGCCGUAGCCAGCGGCGCCAAGGGCAUUGUGAUUGCAGGCGCUGGAGCCGGCGGCGUCAGCACGUCAUUCGGGUACGCUGUUGCGGAUGUAAUUGCGACGUAUGGGGUUCCCGUUGUGCUUAGUACGAGGGCGAUGAGCGGGGAGGUGCCGAACGUGGAGUUGCCGCAGAUUGCGAGUGGGUAUUUGAAUCCGAUGAAGAGUCGGGUUUUGCUGGGCUUGUUGUUGGCGCAUGGGAAGAAUAUUACGGAAAUUGGCGAGGCGUUCAAGGGGUCGACUGCUAAUUAG